CAUUAGUGAGAGUUUGUAAGGUUUUUCAAUUAGUCAGCCCACAUCAUAAAUACUCACAGUGAAGAGGAAAAUUAGUAGACUGCAGUGGUUCGCCGCGACUUUAAUUUUGAAGAGCUCUCGACCAUGAUCAAGCUUAACCUAAUCGUAAUUGUAUGCGCUAUGGGAUAUGCUAACUCAGCUGAUCCACCCUUCAAGACGUGCAAGAGGACUUGGAGAAAGGUUGGAUGUUUUAAAGAUUUAAAAGGAGGCCAAAGGGCUCUUAAGGAACAGUUGGUCAAUAUACGAGACCCUAAGAGCAAGGUGUUUCCAGUUGGUGAACCCAAACUAAGCUGGAAACAUUUGACGCAGUCGUUCCACAGUCUUGCCUGCCUGUGCGCUGAAAAAGCGCGCAAAAAAGGUUACGGCGUGUUUGGUCUUCAAUUUUACGGCGAGUGUUGGGGCCAAGUAAAUGGAACAGAGACGUACUCCAUGUUUGGUGCCGCGAAGCAUACAAGUUGUGUCAUGGAUUAUGCUUAUACAGACAACAAAAUCAGUGGACUGAAGCACUGCGACAUCUUAUCCGAGCAAGAGUGCGUUGGAGUACACAGCACGAAUUAUGUGUACCGUCUGGAUGAAGACCCAGGCUCACCCGGCGAUGGAGGAUGGAGUGAAUGGGGAGAAUGGAGUAAGUGUGACAAGUGGUGUGGGACUGGAAAGAAGAGUAGGGAGCGAACCUGCACAAACCCCCCUCCAGAAAACGGUGGCAAGGGCUGUGAAGGACCUCACAAGGAAACUGUCAGUUGCAAGCGGAUUGACUGUCCUAUUGACGGUGGCUUUACUCCAUGGAAACCAGUUUCAGAAUGCAGCAAGACCUGUGGUGGUGGCACACAAAAGUUUGUUCGACACUGCACUAAUCCCCCUCCUCAGUUCGGAGGAAAAGACUGCGUUGGACCCAAGGAGAAAGUUGAACUUUGCAACGAUUUUGAAUGUCCCAUUCCAUGUGUCAAGGCCAUAGAUCUCGGAGUGAUCCUGGACGCAACGAACAGCGUUGGAAGUUUCAACUUCAACCUCUCCAAGAAGUUUGCCAUAGCCCUAGUGAACUCGAUGACAAUCGCUCCUGGUGCGUCCCACCUGGCACUCAUGGUGUACAAUAUUCACCCCACUAUGCUAGUGAGUUUUAAUGAGGCAGACAAGCAAGAUCCUUCUGUUAUCAAAGGCAUUUUACAAGGGACCCAGGAGCUAAAAGGAAAAACCUUUACUGACAGAGCGAUCAAGUUGGCCGGUGAAGUCAUGUUUACUACGGCGGGAGGCGAGCGACCUGAUAAAGCAGACGUCCUUAUAAUACUAACAGAUGGACGAACCAAUGAAAACAGUGAGCCAUACGAUGUUGUCAACCAGCCACUCAGGGCGAAAGGUGUCAAAAUCAUCGCAGUCGGAGUCGGUAAGAGGAUCUUCAAAGAAGAGUUGAAAAAGAUCGCCCUGGGUAAAGAAGAAAACGUUUUCCAGAUUUCGGAUUUCGACAAACUGUCCAAGGAGCUGUUGCAGCCUAUUAUCGACAUGUCAUGUCCGGCUGGGCAUUGAGCACUUAUGACCUUCAUAGAACAGACGGAAAAAGCCACAUCUCUAUUGUGAAAGAAGAGUCUGUCUUAACUAAUUAGAGGAUUUAGCAAAAUUAAGAAGGUUAAAAGGAGAAAUAAAUUUAAAAAAAGGAUAUUAACGCUGAGAA